UAAAACACACGUGUUGUUGAGUGCUGCAUGGUUUUGUGAAUUAAAUCUCGCCAGAAACCAUGAAAAAGGACAAAAAGAUCUCCAAAACACAAGCGCCCAAAGUGGUUGAAGUAGUGGACAAAAAGUUUGAUCUAAUCAAAACCAUAAAUGAGGAUGAAGACGUUGAAAACCUGUCGGCAGAAUCGGAUGUAGAAGUAGAGUACCAACCAACGAAGUUGAAAACCCAGAAAAAGGGUGAUUUUGAUAGCGGUUUUAAGUUUGUUUCCUCGGUAAGCGAAUACAAUCACGAUACUUGGGAUGACCUGAUGAAAUUCGUUAAAAAGAAGAACCGAGGCAAGGUGGACGAUAAAAUUGCCCACGUUAUCAAGGGGCGUUCUAAGGAAAAAGCUGAUAUCUUGAGCAAGGCAGACGAUGAUCUAGACCCAAGUUCAUUUAACAAUGAAGUGGAUUUGUCGGACGAUGAAUUGAAACACGACGUUAUGAAAACUAAGCCAAAGAAAGGCCGGAAACGUGAGAUAGAAAAAGAUGAUAAGCAAGUCGAAAUUGAAGAUGAAGGCGAUGAUCAAAAAGAUUUUUUCGAAGAAGUGAAAAACGAUGAGGAGAUAUCGUCUUUCUAUCAGAUGAAUUUAUCUCGUCCGUUGAUGAAAGCUAUUGGAGUUCUGGGCUACAUUUAUCCUACGCCUAUUCAGGCCGCUACCAUCCCCAUAGGUUUAUUGGGUAGAGAUAUCUGCGGUUGUGCAGCAACUGGUACCGGAAAAACAGCAGCGUACAUGCUGCCGACUUUGGAACGUCUGUUGUACAAACCGCUGGCAGCUCAAGCGGUAACCAGAGUGCUUGUUCUAGUGCCAACGCGUGAAUUGGGUGCACAGGUUUACCAGGUUUCGAAGCAAUUGACCCAAUUUACCAAUAUUGAAGUCGGAAUCGCCAUCGGUGGGUUGGACGUUAAAGCUCAAGAAGCCGUUCUGAGAACGAAUCCUGACAUUGUUAUUGCCACACCCGGUCGACUGAUCGAUCACAUCAAAAACACUCCUAGUUUUUCGUUGGAUUCUAUUGAGGUACUGAUAUUGGAUGAAGCAGAUCGUAUGCUGGACGAAUACUUUGCUGAACAGAUGAAGGAAAUCAUUCAAAGUUGUAGCAAAACCCGACAAACCAUGCUGUUUUCUGCGACGAUGACAGAUCAGGUUAAAGAUUUGGUGGCAGUUUCGCUUACGAAACCGGUUAAAGUUUUCGUUAAUAACAACCAAACAGUGGCAUUUAAUCUUCGUCAGGAAUUCAUUCGGAUUCGCGAGGGGCGCGAAUCCGACCGUGAACCUCUUUUAGCCGCUCUUCUGUGUCGUACUUUCCACGAUCAUUGUAUGGUAUUUGUUCAGACGAAAAAGACGGCGCAUCGUUUGAGAAUCCUAAUUGGUCUUUUGGGCAUCAAGGCCGGUGAAUUGCACGGCGACUUAACGCAAGCGCAACGUCUGGAAUCACUCAAACAAUUCAAAGAUGAACAGAUCGACGUUCUUGUUGCGACUGACGUAGCUGCCCGUGGUCUCGACAUCAGUGGCGUUAAGACGGUCAUAAACUUUGUAAUGCCAAUUACACUUGAACAUUACAUCCAUCGUGUCGGCCGUACAGCUCGUGCAGGCAAAGCUGGUGUUUCUGUUUCCCUGGCGGGCGAACUGGAGAGAAAGAUCGUGAAGGAUAUCAUUAAAAACGCUGUCAAUCCAGUGAAAAAUCGCAUUAUUGCACCGGAAAUAAUUGAAAAAUAUAGGAAAAAGGUUCAAGCGCUAGAAACGGAAAUUGAAAAAGUGUUACAAGAGGAGCGAGCUGAAAAACUGCUGCGACAAACUGAAGAGCAGUUAAACAAAACGGAACAAAAGCUGAAAGGCGUUGUUGGUGGUCCAAGUCGAGAGUGGUUCCAAAGUCGAAGAGAUCGAAAGGAAGAAAAAGAACGACUUUCACUGAAGACCGAAUCCGAUAAGGAGAACAAGAAAAGCAAAAAACGAAAGCGCGGCGAGGACAGCGACGAUGAUUUCGAUCCAGUGAAAUUUCAGCGUGAAAAAGUUCAAAAAAUGUUCAAGAAAAAGGCAGAAGUAAAUAAAACACCUAGUCAGCUAGCGAAAGAACGUGCCCUACAGGAGCUGACGAAGGUGUCUAUGGUGCAGGCUAAGCUAUCGAAAAUCAAAAAUCGGCCCACGCGAGUGACUGUAACCGGAGAAGAGAGCAAGGGUAAAAGUAAAGACGGAAAAUUUGGCACCAAACGUAAGGGUCGACUAUCACGCUUCGAACGUGAUCUUACCGAUAUCAGCAAAAAAGGAGUCAAAAAACUAAGAUAUGAUGCAACCAAGAAACAGAAGAUGGAUAAAAAGGGAAAAGGAAUGCCAGAAAAAACCAAAAUCAGCAUUGACAAGUUUCGUAACAAAAAAGGAUUAAACAAACAGAACAAGGGAAAGGCUUUCGGACCGAAACAGUCUAAAAAAGGAAAGCGCUGAGUUGUGAAACAUCUAUUUAAUAUAAAUAUAAUAAACUAGA